AUGAUCAAGUGUGCGAUACAUGGGACAGAGCACGGCUCAGAUCACCGCGCUAUUAAGACUAUGAUUGAUGCACCAUGGUCAGCCCCGAAGCAUCAGGAACGACUUCUGCUAAAGAACGCACCAUGGAAAGGGAUUAAUGCUAGAAUCGCGAAUGCUCUGACCGCCACUCCAUCAGGACGCAUGCGAAAUCAUGCUCGCUCGGAGCGCCGGGUGGGACGAAAUAUACCGUACUUGGAAAAGAUAGCCCAAAGUACGGCGAAACAAUACCACGAUGCCAUCCGCAAACAAAAGAAGAAGCACUGGAAUGAGUUUCUCGCAGACAACGAUAAUAUCUGGAAAGCCGCUAAAUACCUAAAGUCAGGAGAGGAUGCAGCAUUUGGGAAGCUACCAUAG